AUGCCCGCCCACAUCAACUGGCAGUCCUUCCAGCAGGCCGUCGAGGCCAUGAUCGCCACUUCGCCCGGCUCCACCACCCUCUCUUCGACGUACACCCACUCCAAGGGGGAAAUCACUUUCUCGGCCACCAACCGCGUCCAGACACAUACCUUCGUGUCGUCCCUGAGUGAUGACCUUCGUCGCUACGAGCGCCUCAAUCUCCAGGUGUCGCUCUUCGCCUGUGGGGUGACCGACUGA